UCGACUAGUACUGUACACUGUACGUGCACUGUACAAACAUUUUUCUUGCGAUGUUAUUUAUUUUGUAAGUUUUAGGAAAAAGUGUUAAAAUGACUAUAUUUCACGAUGAAAUUGAAAUCGAGGAUUUCGAUUAUGACGCUGAAGAGGAAAUGUAUUACUACCCGUGCCCGUGUGGAGAUAUGUUUCAGAUAAGUAAGGAAGAACUAAUGGCAGGUGAAGAAGUUGCUACAUGUCCUAGUUGCUCCCUGGUUGUUAAAGUUAUAUAUGAUGCUGAGAAAUUCAAAGCAGAAGUGGAAGAAAAACAAACAGAUUCAAAAGAGAAGGAAGCAGUUUUAAGUGUUUAGGAUGAAAAGCUCAAUGCUCUAUGAAUGGAGCUACAGUUGCAUUACAGAGCUUCAACGAGACUAAGUCGAGUGAUCUGAUCUUUCCCAGCUGGCAGUAACUGCUGUGAUUAUUGAAAGACAACUCAUGUGUGAUAAUAUACAAUAAAGUAUUAAUA